GGGGCUCCCGGGCGGCACACCCACUUUCCUUAUUAGGGCACAGUCAGCGACCAGGCCGGGCACGGGGGUGGGGCGGGGCGCCCUGGGACCCGGUGGCCGACAGCGCAGCCACAGCCUCAGCCGCUUCCUAGCGGCAGAAGGGUGCAGCCGAUCGCUGUGCCCAGCCGGGCCACUUUUCUGCGACGCCGCUCCUCUUCCCCAGGGCCAAGAUCUUCCUCUGCGCGCCUCCGGGUAGCGUUGGUCCAAACCCCUCGCAACGCCAUGGAAGAAUUUUUGCAACGAGCCAAGUCUAAACUGAAUCGAAGCAAACGCUUGGAGAAGGUCCACGUGGUCAUUGGACCUACAUCGUGUGACUUGGACUCUCUCAUUUCUGCCUUCACUUAUGCUUACUUUCUGGACAAGGUCAGUCCUCCUGGGGUUCUCUGUUUGCCAGUGCUGAAUAUACCCAGAACCGAAUUCAGCUACUUCACUGAGACAAGGUUUAUUUUAGAAGAGUUAAAUAUCUCCGAAUCAUUCCACAUAUUCCGAGAUGAAAUUAAUCUUCAUCAGCUAAAUGAUGAAGGGAAGCUGUCUAUCACACUUGUUGGCAUCAGUGUCCUGGCAAGUGAGGACAAAACUUUAGAAUCUGCGGUUGUCAAAGUCAUUAAUCCGGCGGAGCAGAAUGACGCUGGCGUGGAGUUCCGGGAGCCCUCCUCUUCGCUCGUGCUGAAAGAGCUUCUCCGCGAGGCUCCUGAGCUCGUCACCGAGCAACUGGCUCAUCUCCUCAGAGGUAGCAUCCUUUUCAAGUGGAUGACCAUGGAACCAGAGAAGAUCUCGGAAAAGCAGGAAGAAAUUCUUUCUAUCUUGGAAGAAAAGUUUCCUAACUUGCCUCCAAGAGAGGACAUUAUCAACAUUCUGCAGGAGACCCAGUUUGGUGCUCAGGGUUUAAGUAUUGAACAGACAAUCUUGAAAGACCUAAAGGAACUGUCAGAUGGAGAAAUUAAAGUGGCCAUCAGUACAGUGGACAUGACCCUUGAGAACUGUGUGUUUCACAGCAAUAUCACCAGUGAUUUAAAAGCAUUUACAGACAAGUUUGGUUUUGAUGUCCUCAUCCUGUUCGCCAAUUACCUGUCAGAGGAGCAGCAGCCAAGACGGCAGAUAGCUGUGUACUCCCAGAACCUGGAGCUCUGCAGUCAGAUUUGCUGUGAGCUGGAAGAGUGUCAGAACCCUUGCCUAGAACUGGAGCCCUUUGAGUGUGGCUGUGAUGAGAUCCUGGUGUACCAGCAGGAGGAUCCUUCUGUGACAUGUGAUCAAGUGGUUCUCCUUGUCAAGGAAGUCAUCAACAGGCGGUGUCCAGAGAUGGUCUCCAACAGCCGGACAUCCUCAACAGAAGCCGUGGCAGGCAGCGCCCCUCUCUCACAGGGAUCCUCCGGGAUUAUGGAAUUGUAUGGCUCUGACGUAGAGCCACAGCCCAGCUCUGCGAACUUCAUAGAAAACCCUCCGGAACUCAACGAUUCUAACCAGGCUCAGGUGGAUGUCAACGUGGACCUUGUCAGUCCAGAUAGUGGGCUGGCUACCAUCAGGAGCAGCCGCUCAUCCAAGGAGAGCUCGGUUUUCCUCAGUGAUGACAGUCCAGUGGGAGAAGGCGCUGGACCUCACCAUAGCCUCCUCCCAGGGUUUGACUCCUACAGCCCCAUCCCUGAAGGGGCAGUUGCAGAGGAGCACGCGCGGUCUGGAGAACACAGUGAACACUUUGACCUCUUCAACUUUGACCCAGCACCCUUGGCUUCUGGGCAAUCCCAACCAUCUUCCCAUUCAGCAGACUAUUCCCCAGUGAAUGACUUCCCUGAUAGCGACUCCUCAGAAGGACAGCUCCCCACUGGGCCCAAGGUGCUGGGUGAACUGGGGAUCAACAUGUCCAAUUUUUCAUCCAGCUCUCUUUUGUCAGAGGCUGGUAAAGACAGCCUUGUGGAGUUUGAUGAGGACUUUGUCCAGAGACAGGAAAGUCCAAGAGAUAACCCUGAAAGGAAUUUGAGCUUGGCAGAUUUUGUGGGAGAUAAAUCUCCUUCUCCUGAGAGGCUGAAAAAUAUUGGAAAGAGGAUCCCCCCAACACCUAUGAACAGCUUUGUAGAAAGCUCUCCAUCCACCGAGGAGCCAGCCCCACUCUACCCAGAAGCUCUGACCCAAAAAACAAUGGAUACAGGUCACACAGGGCCACCUCAGGCCCGGGCACGCUGCAGAAGCUGGUGGGGGGGUUUGGAAAUUGACUCUAAAAAUAUUACUGAUGCCUGGAGUUCUGGUGAACAGGAGUCUGUCUUCCAGAGCCCUGAAUCAUGGAAAUAUCACAAGCCCAGCCCUGCUGAGAGGAGAGCCUCUGAUUCUCUAUUUCAACCAAAGAGUCUUGAGUUCCCAAACCCAGGUGCCUGGGAACCUGAAUUCUGUCAGCCUGAAUUAGGUAGCAACAAUAUUCUAGGCCCCAAUGAGGAAAGUUUUCAGUUUCAGAACCUGCCCCCUGAGAAAUCCCACUUGCCAGAUGCUUCUCAACAGGGAACAAACCACCUAAUAGAAGACUUUGCUGCUUUGUGGCAUUCUGGCCGCUCACCCACAGCAAUGCCUGAGCCAUGGGGAAAUCCCACAGAAGACGAUGAGCCAGCUGCUGCAGUGUCAUUACCAGCCUGGAGUGCAUUUGGUAAAGAAGAUAAUGCCACAACUUUAAAAAGUACCUGGAACCUGCACCCAACGAGCAGCGAGACACCUUCUGUGAGGGACCCAAAUGAGUGGGCAAUGGCCAAGAGUGGCUUUUCAUUUCCUCCAGAAGACCUACUGGACACUUCACCCAGUGACACAAAUGAGCAGGUAGCUCCAGAAAUCUGGGUCAGGAAGAACAACGACUCCCAGGAGAACAGCUUCAUGUCUGGAAAGCCCAGUUCUGAUCUGGAUCAUGCGUGGAGUCAUUCUAAGCCAGCGGAGGAAGGCCAGAAUAGGUUAGAGGAUCCCAACACUAGAGGGAAAACAUAUGAUAAGGUAGAUUCCUGGAACCUUUUUGAGGAUACUAUUAAGAAAGGAGGGUCAGAUGUCCUAGCUCCUUGGGAAGAUUCCUUCUUAUCAUACAAAUGCUCUGAUUACAGCGCAUCCAACAUAGGAGAGGAUUCAGUACCUUCCCCCUUAGAUACCAACUACUCCACCUCUGAUUCUUACACAUCACCAACAUUUGCUGGAGAUGACAAAGAAACAGAAAACAAGCUCUUUGUUGAGGAAGAAGGUUUUGAGUCAAAAGACAUUAACUCUGCCGUGGUGGAGGCUGACACUCCUGCCCCGUCGCUGCAGCAGCCACCGAGAAAUCGGAUCAGCUCAGGUCCUGAGAACCUGGACAUGUGGGCUUCACCUUGCGCCAACAAUAGUUUGGAAAUAAAUGCUGCCGUUGAUGUAGAUAAAGAUUUACUCAAGACAGAGGACACAGAUGAUAAGAACGUCUCUGUGGAAGAUGACAUGGGGGAAAGCAGCCAGUCUAGCUACGACGACCCCAGCAUGAUGCACCUGUACAACGAAACAAACAGGCAGCUCACACUCCUGCACAGCAGCACCAACUCCCAUCAGGUGGCCCCCGAUGGUCUCGACGUGUGGAACAAAGUGAUUUUGGAGGACACUCAGUCCACAGCAACCAUCUCGGACAUGGAUAAUGAUUUGGACUGGGAUGACUGUAGUGGGGGUGUGGCCAUCACCAGUGACGGCCAAGCAGAAGGAUACAUGGCUGAAGGUACUGAGCUGGAAACCCGAUUUUCAGUGAGACAGCUAGAACCAUGGGGCACUGAGUAUCAGGAAGCAAAUCAAGUAGAUUGGGAACUCCCUGCCUCUGCUGAGGACACUCAGGAUGCUGCUCCCAACCAAUAUCACACACUGAACCAGAAGAGUGGACAGCUAAUCGCAAAUAACAUUUGGGAUUCCGUCAUGAGAGAUGAAGACAUGUCAUCACUCAUGUUACCAAGCUCUUCAUACAUGACAGAGCCGGAACAGAGCAGUUUGCCUCCUGAAAGUCCCAGUCAUUCAGCAGAUGCUCAGAACAGGUGCAUCCCAGAUAUGCUAGAAGCAUCUGCAACCGGUGACUCAGUAGCACUGACCUCGCUGCCUGGCAAGCAGAACACACAGGCAGAAAGCCUGCCAAGCAAUACAGUAUCCUUGGUGACCACACUUGAGGAUUCAGAGCAUUUUGCACACUCAGAUGCAUGGGAAGGUGAUAGCUAUGGACAGACUGAAAGUGAGAAGGGAACCAAGGGAGCUACUAACAGGGCACACCUCCAUGAGGAGGUGCUGGACUCUGGGGAGAACAGUGCCUUAGGGAUUUCUGGAAAAGAGCCAGGUGACCAGGAACUCUCUUCUCCAGUUCCAUCUGAACAUCAAGAAAUCUGCCUUGAAGCGGGCAAAAUCAGCUCUCUUUCAAGUACUUCCAGUCCUCAAAUGGAGGGACUACCAGAAGUCUUAGGGUAUGAGAAAGAGUCUGACCGUCUAGACUCCUGGGAUGUGCAAACAGAGAUAUCCACAAAUCACCUGCAGGAAACAGACACCUCUGAAAAACACCCAGUGAACCACAGAAAUUCAGCUGAAACGACUGAGAUUUCAGAUAAAAUGAAUUUAACAAAAAAUACAUCUUUAUCUGAAAUGGAUCUUGAGGAAACUGAGGAACUGAAGCCAGACAGAGUGAAUGAAGGGCCCCGCCCUGAAGUCCCCCAAAGCCUUGACAUUUUGGAGAGCCCUACAGACAGUGAUGUGCAGGUCAGUCGUGCAAGUUCUGAGAUAACUGCACAUCUUGAAGCAAAGGCUUCUGAAAACAACCUUUUAGGAUCCAGGUCCUCUGGAAAGUCUGAUAAAGAUAGUAUUUCCAGUGAGUAUACUCAUUCAAGUGCAUCAAGUCCUGACUUCAGUGAUUCUUCAGCUGCAUUGUCUUCCUGGAGCCAUGGACCCAGUACCAAGCAUCCAAAAGAAAAUCAAGAUGGUUGGGGUGAAGAGAAUCAUCAAGAAAGUGAACUCAUUACCACUGAUGGCCAAAUAGAGGUAACCACUCAAAUGAAGGACUUUGAGGACACAUUUGAAAAGAACUUCAAUCAAAAGGUUCCUAAAUUUUUAGAGAUUUGGGAUGACUCAGUGGAUGGUGAUUCCAUAUCCUCUUUAUCUAGUUCUGAAACAGGUAAAUAUUCUGAGUAUUCAGGUGCAUAUCAAGAAAGGCACCUGAUGGUUAGCCAGCAGGAGAAAAAUGAACUUGACAUUCCUGCAACUGUGCAGCCAGUGGAUACCAAGGUUGCUCCAGUAAGCCCAGAUUCUGAUGGUAGUAUGGGUACUGACAAGUCAGUGGAUAAAAAGAUCCACAUGGACACUAGUCAAGUUGCUCAGAGGAAAUCUGAAGCUUGGGAUUCAUUGAAUGAAUCUAAUAAGUCCUUGGCCACAGCUGAUCCCAAGUCUGAGGAAUUUUCUGACCAUGAAGGCAGGUCAGAACCAGCAGAGAGCAAGUCACCCCUAUCCUGUGACAAUCAACAAAGCAGCCCUGAUCACUGGAAUUUCUCACCACUAACAGAGACUGAAAUACAGAUCAUGGCAGUGGAGAAUGAGACAAGAUCUUCUCCAGAAACAGAGAAGACAGGAGUGUGGCAGAUAUCUCCCCAAACUGAGCCAAAGAAUGAAGAGCAUCCUGAACCGGAAAUGCUGAGCUUCUCCGUGGAGAGCACUGAGUGGUGGAGUGCCGCACCACAGGGUGCAAGACCUACUGAGGGUGCUUUGGAAGGGGACCUGUCUAACUCAAGGAGUGUGUUAGAGAUGAAUUCUUCUGUGUACCAAAAUGCAGGUCCCUGGGGAGCGCCCAUUCAGGGUGACACUGAAUCCCUGGAAACACACUGCAUUAACCCUUUCAGUAACAAACAUCAGUCUUCCUUUCUGGAUUGCAAUGGGGAGAACUCUCACGAGCAACUCUGGAACAUUCAGCCAAGGGAGCCUGACCCAGAUGCCAAUCAGUUUAGCCAGCUUGUAAUAUUGGGCCAAGUUAAAGAACAGGAUUCAAGAGAGCAAACCUUCCCAUCUUGUGCUGGUGAUGAACUCCCUUCAGAAACACGCUCACAAGGGCAAUGUCAGGAUAGCACACUGGCUGUCUGGGAUCAGCCAGACCACGCAUUUACUCACACAGAGGAAAAUGCAUGUGUUAUUGCUAAUGUCUCAACUAUAGAGUGCCAAGAAGCAAAUUGGUGGGAACAAGAACAUUCAUACCUUGAUGAAACAACAAAUCCAAGCACUGCCACAGAGAAUUUCACUGCUGGCAGUCCCCCUACACAAUCGAUAAGGAAGUCAGACUCUAGCUCUAGGGAGAGCCCCCAAGGUAGCUUUGUUCCAGAUAUUUUACAUGGCAACUUCCCAGAGGGCGGGCAGCUGGCCUCAACCUCCCCUGAUUUGUGGAUGGAUGCUAAACAGCCCUUCAGUUUGAAAGCAGAUGGUGAGAAUCCUGACAUACUGACUCACUGUGACCAGGACAGCCAUUCCCAGGCGUCCAACAGCCCUGAUAUCUGUCAUGAUUCUGAAGCAAAGCAAGAGACUGAACAGCGCAUCAGUACUUGCACAGAACCUGGUAUGCACUCCGGUGAGUUUCAUCUCACUGAGCCAAAGACGAGUGCGGAACCAUCUCCUGAGCCUAGACAGGAGUCGGUUUCAUAUGAGUCAGAACUCUAUUCUGAAGACACAGUUCCACUGUCUCCAGUCAGCAAUCAAGCAAACAUCAACAGCUCAUCCCAGCCUGCCUCUCUUCAAGGUUCUCCUGAACCUUCUGAUGUAGAAGGGCACAAUAAUACAGGUUUAAAAGCAUCAGAGGAAGAAGCCAGCCCAGACACAGCACCAGUGUUGGAACCUGAGGACAGAACAAACCACAGGAUUGAAAAUGUGGGAACCAGCAUCUUUGUAACUCACCAAGAGCCAAGUGUCGAAGGCCAUGGCUCUUGGGAAUCAGAGGACUUUUCUUCUGAAAGUCAGGCAGGUGCAAGGGCCUUGUUUGUUGACACUGAGCAACCUUUUGCUACUGAGAGCCUAGUUGCAGUUAAUAAUGAUUUGCUAGCCUCAGACACUUGUCUGGAUGUGAGUGAAGCUGCCUUUGACCACAGCUUCAGUGAUGCCUCAGGUCUGAACACAUCCACGGGAACAAUUGAUGACAUGAGCAAGCUGACAUUAUCAGAGGGUCAUCCGGAAACUCCAGUUGAUGGGGAUGCAGGGAAGCAAGAUAUCUGUUCCUCCGAAGCUUCAUGGGGGGACUUUGAAUACGAUGUCAUGGGCCAGAAUAUCGAUGAGGAGUUCCUGAAAGAGCCUGAGCACUUCCUGUAUGGUGGUGACCCUCCCGUGGAGGAAGACGCUCUGAAGCACUCGCUGGCACCAUACACACCGCCUUUUGAUUUGUCCUAUCUCACAGAACCUAACCAUGGCCCAGAAACAACGGAGAACUCUAGGUCUCCAGAGGAUGUGUCUCUGGAGAGUGAAGCAGCGGAGAUGUUGCUGUCUGCACUUCCUGAUGGAAGAAGUGUGGAAAAUCACGCUGAGACCGAAACCACACAGCCUGGACCCCAGCUGACUGUGCUGCAUAUUCAGGAAGACCCUGAGUCUGUUUCUUUGCCUUCUGGAGCAGAUGCCAGCGUGGAGUUAUCACCUUCAAACACUGAAUGGGAAGUAGAAGCAGUUAAUUCUGAUUCACCAGCAGGUGGAGACAUAGGAUCAUCAAUUGGUGCCAGCAAGGGAAUAUCUGAGUUGGAAGAAGAAAAAAUAGUUCCCAUCCAAGAGCCUGAGCAAAUACAAUCAGAAUGCCAGGAGGAAAUAUGUACCAAAAAGAAUGAAGAUCAGCAUGCACUACACAUGGAUUACAUACUUGUAAACCAUGGAGAAAAUUCACCCCUGAAGUCAGAAACCUGUGAAGCCAGGGAAAGCCUAUCUGAACUAGAAGAAGCUCAUGUAGACUCUGAGGAACAGAGGCUGUCAGGAACUCAGUUAGCAAGCUCCCCAGCCAAGUGUCAGCCUGCCUCCUUCAAUAGGAGAAAUAGUCAUUCUGCAGAGACAAGGUCUUCUAGUGGGGACAAGAGAGCAUCUCUGGAAAGCCCUGCACAAGACCAGAGCUGGAUGGUCUUGGGUCUUAGUGCAGUCGGUGAUUCGUCAUCAGAAGCCAGGGACUUGGGCCCUGGAUGUUCUGACAAGACUGGGGAGCCGUUCUCUGAACUUGGCAUGGACAAGCGUUCCCCAGGGCAGGUGCUGGGGACAAUGAAAUCUCUAGCAUCCUUCACACCCGAGGAAACCUCCAGCCUGGACAGUCAGUCAUGGCAGAGCAAGAGCCAAGGCAACGCUGGCCAAGAGGCAGUGCUGUUGCAGACUGUCACCCAUGACAAUGAAUGGGAAAUGCUUUCACCACAGCCUCGGCAGAAAGACAAGAUCCCGGAAACAGAAGUGGAGGAGGAGACAGAAUUCCUCGAGUCCACCACCAGGAAACCAAGACCAAAUGGACUUCUGUCAGAGGAUGUAGGAAUGGACAGCCCCUUUGAAGCGGGAAUGCUGAGUCCCAACGCCGCAGACAUGAGGCCUGAACCUCCCAGUUCUUUGGAUCUUAACAGCAGUCAUCCUCGGAGAAUCAAGCUCACAGCCCCGAAUAUCAACCUUUCUCUGGACCAAAGUGAAGGGUCGGUUCUCUCCGAUGAUAACCUGGACAGUCCUGAUGAGAUUGACAUCAACGUGGAUGAGCUCGACACUCCUGAUGAAGCAGAUUCUUUUGAGUACACUGGCCACGAAGAUUCCAUGGCAAACAAAGAUUCUGGCCAAGAGUCAGAGUCUAUUCCAGAAUAUACAGCUGAGGAGGAACGGGAGGACAACCGGCUGUGGAGGACAGUGGUGAUUGGAGAACAAGAGCAGCGGAUUGACAUGAAGGUCAUCGAGCCCUACAGGAGAGUCAUUUCUCAUGGAGGAUACUAUGGGGACGGUCUAAAUGCCAUCAUUGUGUUUGCCGCCUGUUUUCUGCCAGACAGCAGUCGGGCGGAUUACCACUAUGUCAUGGAAAAUCUUUUCCUAUACGUAAUAAGCACCUUAGAACUGAUGGUGGCUGAGGACUAUAUGAUUGUGUACUUAAACGGUGCAACCCCAAGACGGAAGAUGCCGGGGCUGGGCUGGAUGAAGAAAUGCUACCAGAUGAUUGACAGACGAUUACGGAAGAAUUUGAAAUCAUUCAUUAUUGUUCAUCCAUCUUGGUUCAUCAGAACAAUCCUUGCUGUGACACGACCAUUUAUAAGUUCAAAAUUUAGCAGUAAAAUUAAAUAUGUUAGUAGCUUAUCAGAACUCAGCGGGCUGAUACCAAUGGAUUGCAUCCACAUUCCAGAGAGCAUCGUCAAGUACGAUGAAGAGAGAUCGUAUAAGAGAAGUGUGAGACUGGAUGAAGAACUGAGGGAAGCAUCAGAAGCAGCUAAAACUAGCUGCCUUUACAAUGAUCCAGAAAUGUCUUCUAUGGAGAAGGACAUUGACCUGAAGCUCAAAGAGAAGUCGUAGUUGGCCAUGGCUGGAUGAAGAGGAUGCUUUUGUGCUUCGUGGUUCUGCUGAAACCCGUCUACCUGGGAGAGACAGAGCUGAUGUUACUUUUUUUCCACUUUGCACUACCUAGUGCUGUUCUAAAUAUCUAAGGGGGAAAACAGGAAGGGGAUAAACAUAGUUUAUGAAAUUGUGUGUAUUUUCCUAUUUUGCCAAUUAUGUGCCUCAAAGAUUUUAGUUGAACCUUAGCAAGAAAGUAGUAUGUUCCAUUUCAAUGUUUUGUUAACCCUUGGUGCAGUCGCAUCUGGUCCCUUAUACUGGUGUUCACUUCUAAGAUAACUUUAAUCCACUAUUAGGUGUGAGUAGAUUUCUUUCCAUAGAUUAGCUGGACUUCUCUUUGGUGAUCAUUCUUGGUUUAAAGAACACAGGGCUCAACUCUCCCCAGGAAAGCUGGCCCCAAGUAAUUCCACCUUUAAAAUCCCAAGCUUACCAGGAGAGCCAUAACUCAGGCACAGGUGUAAGACAGUCAUCCACCAAGUGCACACUUGGUUUUCACGCACAUGAAAAGCCUUUACCUUCACAUAGGGAAAUCUUCCUAAUUGGGCAUUAUAUCUUAUGUAAAUUGAUCUUUUAGGAAAUUGUCACUUUCUGAUGAAUUUAGGAUAUCUUCAUGUUGGAUUAAUAUUGUGUUUCUGAUAGCUGUCUGUAUUUUAGGCCAUAAACUAGUUCAAGAUGUUAUAGUUUAAGCAUCAGGGACUUAAGUGUAAGGUAACCCACUCAAAACUUACAUGUCCAAAUUUCUCUCCUGCCUGAAUUAUGAAAAGUGAUAUGCUUUAAAGCACAGCAUGGUUUCAGAUCUGUGGGUCUCUAUGCUAGUAUAUCACUGUUUUUGUAGGGCCUGUUAGGUAAGAAUGGUUUUCACAUUUUUGAUUGGGGAAAAAAAAAACUGUAGCACUACAUGAGAAUUAUUCAAAUUUAAGUAUCCAUAAAUAAAGUGUUACUGAAACACAGUUACAGAAAUAUGGUUUUGCUCCCUGCACAGCUAGUUUCACACUACAGUGGCAGAGCUGAGCAGCUACAGCAGACCAUCUGGCCCACAGAGCCUCCAAUAUUUACUAUCUUCCCAGCAAGAGCUUACCAGCCUCUGCUCUAGCAAGUACAUCCUUUCCUCCAGCAUCCCCCUGUUGCAUUUGGAUACUAUCUCUAACAGAAUGGACACACAUUAACUAAUUUUCAUCAAAAUGAAAUUCUGACACCAAAAGACAGUGAAAUAAAAGUCCUGGCCUACUGAAAAAGAUGAAGUUACUCCAGCCACAAAGCGUGGCUCAGGUAGGACUUGCAAGACCCAAGCUUCUCUUUAGUCACAUGUAGGUGUUGCUGAGGUCUUCACAUUACUGUGGGACCCAUUCUUACCCUCCAGUGUCACCUAUGACCCACUAAACAACCUGUAUUACCUAUUAAACAAAUAAGAAAUAAACACAAAACAUAGAGAGGAGUUCCUCCAUAGCCUUGUGGUGGCAACUUCACUGGGGAGUGUGCUAUUUCCGACACCUUGAGCCCUGGGCUGUAAUUGACCUGAAGAAUUUUGAAGUAGACAUCUUUGUACAGGUGACUGAGUUUCACUGACCUCAUUUGCUUGAUGUCCACCUCCCAUCCACCUUCCACACAUGGCCUUGCAAUACAGGUGCAUCAGCUGUCCGUCCCCAUAGACUUGAUUUUCCCCUCUUGGUCCCUUUCAGUUUGGUAGCCUGUUGAACUUUGUGUUAUUUUGGAUCUCUUUCCUCUAAACACCUGGCUUGUCCUAUAGAGAAACCUUACAGGCCACCUUCUCCCCCUGCCCACCUCUGCUUUUGGAGGCCCACAUUGUGCCUGUCUCAGAGAGUAGUGUUGGUGCCAAUCUGAGAACACAAGAGCUGUUGAUAAAAGGCUCUUGCUAGAGCCAACCAAACAUGGCAACAAUCUUACCAUUCACAUUUUAUCUGGCCCUGUCCAGCCUGGUUAUGGAAGGCUAUAAGGGGAUGUAUUGGAAGCUCAGUCUCCUUCCACAGAAAUUAUGAACAUCUUUCCCAAUCAAUAAUUUUGUUUGAACUAUUCUAUAGGCUGCAUAACCACCAUUCUGAUACGUAGACAUUUUAUUAUCUUAAAAAUACAAAUUAAUUUAAUUGCACGUGCUAGAGAAAAGCUAUCAUGUAAAUUCAAUUCAAGUAAAUAGACUCCUAGACAAAUGCUGAAAACAUAAUCCCUAAACAGGUAGGUAGACAGAUGUAAACGUUCCCAUAUUCAGCUCUCUAGCUCUUGCAUUUGCAGCAUUCUUGCUUUGGUUCUGACUUCUGGAAACCGCUUUGCACUUUUUCUAUAAAUUUGUAGUUAAGGGAACCAAGGGGGCUAAUGGGAGACAAAAGCAUUGUUUUCUGAAAGUGGUAACUGCUCUUUAGGUCACUCCUUGAUUAAGAGAAAAAACAAAAAUCUACACAAAAGAUACUGUCAAGGAGUGGGACAGUUUAUUUGAUGACACUAGCUGGGUUUGGAAGAAGACCCUAAAGUUCCUGUUGAAGCCAUAUAAGUCUUAUGGGGUAACCCUACAAGACAUACUCUGAGAUAUGAGGCAGUCCCUACUCCUAGCCUUUUUUGCUAGAUAUAAUUCUGGGUAUUCAGUUAUGGAACUUUGUUGCAACUCUCUUCUUAUCAUGAUGCCUCCAUAGUUUGCUCCCUUAGAAGCAUUUAGAUGUGCACAAAUUAAUCUUUUAUAUAUUUAAAGUUUUUCUACCAUGUAUUGGAUUGCUCAGAAUAAAGUAUUAGAUUUUGUUUUGUUAAAUAAAUGAAUUCCUCUCAAAUAGUGUGGAUUAAUAAUACAAAAUAUGUAACAACACAAUAUAUCAAUAUAGCCUCUCUGUAUAAUUCAGAAAUAAAAAUUGAUUCCACAUGG